AUGAGGCAGCCCCUACCCCCUGCACUGCUGCUGUUGCUGCUGUGGCUUGGAACUCAGGGGGCCAAGGCUCUAAGAGCCUGUGGGCACCCCAGGAUGCUGAACCGGAUGGUGGGCGGGCAGGAUGCCAUGGAUGGCGAGUGGCCUUGGCAGGUCAGUAUCCAGCGCAAUGGGAGCCACUUCUGUGGAGGCAGCCUCAUCACAGAACGGUGGGUCCUCACCGCAGCACACUGCUUCUCCAACACCUCAGAAACAUCUCUGUACCGAGUCCUGCUGGGGGCACGCCAGCUGCUGCAGCCAGGGCCACAUGCCGUGUACGCCCACGUGAGGCGGGUGGAGAGCAACCCCCUGUACCAGGGCAUGGCCUCCAGUGCUGAUGUGGCCCUGGUGGAGCUAGAGGCACCCGUGGCCUUCACCAACUACAUCCUCCCUGUGUGUGUGCCUGAUCCCUCAGUUGUCUUUGAGAAGGACAUGAACUGCUGGGUCACUGGCUGGGGCAGUCCCAGCGAGCAAGACCGCCUGCCCAAUCCGAGGAUCCUUCAGAAGCUUGCAGUGCCCAUUAUUGACACGCCCAAGUGCAACCUGCUCUACAGCAAAGAUGCUGAGUCUGGCUUCCAGCCCAGAACCAUCCAGGAUGACAUGCUCUGUGCAGGCUUCGCAGAGGGCAAGAAGGAUGCCUGUAAGGGUGAUUCAGGGGGCCCCCUGGUGUGCCUUGUGGACCAGUCAUGGGUGCAGGCUGGGGUGAUCAGCUGGGGCGAGGGCUGUGCACGCCGGAACCGCCCAGGUGUCUACAUCCGGGUCACUUCCCACCACAACUGGAUCCAGGGGAUCAUCCCUGAGCUGCAGUUCCAGUCAGGGAGGGAGGGUGGCCAGCAGCGAGACACCCAAGGCCAGCAGCGCCUUGGUCAGAACUCAGCACCCUGCCUGGCUGCCCACAUGGUGCUGCUGGCCUUCCUGAUGCUGCCUGCCUUCCUCUGA